AAAGAGAAAUGAAAAGAACAAAGGCCAGGAAGUCCCACCCACUGAGGCUGGUGGGAGGAGCUAGAGGACAUGCUCAUUAUAAUGCCUGGAAUGGAGUCUAACAUGGUUUGUGUUUGUAAUGGCUGGAAUGGAAUAGAUGGUCAAUGAGCCUAUCCUCCUGUAACUCCUCACACCAGCCUCCUCUGGACCACAGACAUUUCUAUGGAGGAAUGAGAAAUGCACGCACAAAGUGAUGUGCUGUACUAAAUUGUGCCAUUCUGUUUCAGGAAGUGUCCAAAUGCCUACCACUUCCCCAAUCAAUGAUUACCUCACCUGUUCACUAUUCUCUCCUUUUAGUUUGAUAUUAUCUCCAUUUAGCCACCAAGGGAAAAAAACUCUUCAACAUGCAGUUAUUUGCAUAGAAAUCUAAUCUCUCACAUUUCAGUAAUUUCCCUUGAAGAUUUGGAGCAACAUGUAAUCUGGAUGAAAAGGGGACAGUUGUCAAUGUAUGGGAAGUGUGCUUGGACUGAGUGGCACAUCAACAAGACCGAGAGGCCGGACACACACGCAGAGGGACGGACGCAAGCUUUUUUUCUUCCUGACGACGUCCUUCGACGCCAGCAGACUCCCUGCCAGACCCCCUGCGCCAUUCAGACUUGAGCUGGAAACAGAAAAUGUUGGAGGAACUGAAGGACCAGUAAUGACGGCUCGGCUUUGAAGAGAGAAGAUAACAGACGUGUCCCUCAUUCCCUCCCUCCCACCCUUCCCUCCCUCCCCACUCUUGGACCCCCACUUCCCUCUCUCCUCCGUUUUUUAAAAGGCGUAUUUUAUGCUGCCAGAGAGAGCGGCGCGACAGUGAGAGAGUGAGAGACGAUCCUAUCUGCCUCAAAGCCUUUCGCAAGGAUUCGCAAGGAAGCGCUAGCCGGGACUGAGCUGGACUGGACAGUGGCAUUCCUUGGAGGAGGCGGAGGGAGAGCCGUGGAGAUGGAGGACGGUGGGACACGGCACCUCGGCCAUGAGUGCAGGGUGGACAUGAUGGAAGAGGAGGGGGAGCCGCUGACCGGAGGAGAUGGACUGACCGGAGCUGGUGGCAUCCUGAUUCCCAAGCUGCCCCAUGUGGAGUUCAGCCUGGAGUGCAGGGAUCUGAUUGGCUCUGGCAGAGACAGGACGCCCAAUGCUCUAGUCCAGGUUGCUGUCAUCGACCCCCGGGAACAAUACCUGGUCUCCCAAGCCUGCACAGAGAUAGUAGAGGGUAGCAGAGACCCGUUGUUCCUGACAGGGGUGACCUUCCCUCCGGAGUACCCUGCCAGCCCAGAGACGCUAGUCAAGCUCACCGUCUACGAUGUGAGAGACAAGGCCCGCGACAAUAGCAGUUUCCUAGGCAGCGCUACAUUCUCCGUUAGCGACCUGCUGAGGUCAAAGGACGAUCAGCUGACCCUCAAUCUAAGGUCUUCUGAUGGUGUGCUGGCGGUGGGGACAGUGUUGGUGAGCCGUGUGAACAUGGGGGAGAUGGAGGAGGGGGACAUGGAUCACAUCACGGCCGACGUGCAGCAGGCCCAGAAGUGCACCUUAGUUUGUGAGUCAUCACAGGGAACCCCAAAUGACAAAGAUAAUAGCCCCCUGACGGGAGCUGUCUUUAAGAACCCGGUUUGUAAGGUCUACAAGUUCCAGACGGUGGAUAGUAAAUGGAUGCUGGUGAGAGAGCAGAUGGAGGAAUGUACUCUGUCCUUCAGCAUCCCCAGACAGCUCCUCCACCUCUACAUCCAGGAAGACAUGAGGAGGAUACAGGAGCUGAGGGACCUUGGGGAACUGUCUCCCCACUGGGACAACCUGAGGAAGGAGGUGAUUGGCCGUUAUGGACAGGUGAUAGCUGCCUACCAGGAGACCCUGGCUGAGCUGAAUAAGAUCACUGGUCCGUCGUUCAAGCCGAGCUGCAGCAAGGCCCAGAGGUAUCUAGAGUUCAUCCCUAUCAACCUGCACACCCAGAGGAUGAGGGUGACGUGUCCCAGACAAACAGAUGCAUUCUAUGACGUGAUCACGGUGGGGGCUCCAGCAGCCCACUUCCAGGGCUUUAAGGGCGGAGGGCUGCAGCGACUACUGAGCAGACAUGAGGCAGAGAAGAAGAGUUUCAGCACAGCAUACCAGUGCAUCUACUACUCCCCGGAGCACACAGCCAAAGCCCAGGAGGUGUUGCACAGUGUGGGCCAUCUCCAACCUCUCAUCUCGGGCCUGGCAGACCAGCUGCUUCAGGCCGCCCAGCAGCACUCCAUGGCUGGGCUGAGGGAGGCACUCAAGACCCUGGCUGGAAAGACGGAGCAGUUUGUGCAUGCGCUCAAAGACGAGCUGGUGAAGAGCGCCUUGCUGGCCCUCCACGCUGCACAGCCCGGUUAUGUUACGAAGAACCAGAACCAGACCCUGCCAGGCCACCAGGGUCACAGCCACCAGGACCACCCUAGUCCCAGCCAGAGGGGUCAACAAGGCCAGAGUCCACCCCAGAACCCAGGCCACAGUCCUGGGCAGCCAUCGGCUACAGACAGCCCUGUGGUGGUGUGUAAUAAUGUGGAUGGUGGCUCCCAGACGGCUCACAACAGAGAAGACGGGCAGGCUCCUCUGAAUCGCCAGGACUCCAUACCGUGUCAUAAGGAGUACGACGAGGAGGAAUGGGACAGGGUGUGGGCCGACGUGGCGAAGAGCCUCAACUGUGUCAUCGCCAUGGUGGACAAGCUCCAGGAGCAGGAACCAAUCAUCAACAACCAGGAACAACCAAUCCCUAAGCAGGUCCUGGCUGAUGUCAUCACCUCCCACAACCCUGAAGGGGAUUGGCGGGAGCAGCUCUGCCCUCUGGUGGUGAGGUUGAAGGAGUGCGUCGCAGAGGUGGUGGUGCGGGCCAGGAGGGCCAUGACCUUCAUCCUGCUGCAGGAGGCGGCCUGCAGCAUCCCCCAGGGACUGUUCCUCAAGCAGAGGAGGGAUGUGGUCUUCAGUCAGGCGCUAGCUGCGUUGGCGUGUGGUUUCGUCAUGAGGCUGUACGCGGGGAUGGAGGAUAAGGGCUUCCUCAGGCAGCUCCACCUAGUGGGCCUGGUGGCACAGUUUGAAAGCCUGCUAAGCACCUACAGUGAGGAGAUUGGCAUGCUGGAGGACAUGGAGGUGGGCAUCUCAGACCUGCACCGGGUGGCCUUCAAGAUCACCCAGGCCAAGACAGACAACCCCUGUGACCUGCAACCUGUAGUCAUCGGCAGGCGCGACCAUUAUACUGUAGAAGUGCCAUUACCACGGCUGGCCUUCCAGACGUUACCCCAUGAGAUCAAAGAGGGCAAGGCGGUGCAGGUUUACCCGGUGCUCUUCAACGUGGGAAUCAACGAACAGCAGACAAUAGCAGACAGAUUUGGAGACAUCUCUUUGCAAGAGAGGAUAAACCAGAGGAACUUUGAGAUUUUAGACAGUUAUUACAAAUCACUAAGCGAUAAGGUGCCAUCAGAAUGUCUGCCAUGUUUUCAAACGCAGACGGACUUGAAAGAUUUACUUGGAACCCUGGGCCAGAAUGUAGUGACGAAGAAGAGAAAGAAUGUGGAGAUACUGUGGCUCGCUGGAACGAUCUGCCGACGGCUGAACGGGAUCAGGUUCACCAGCUGUAAAAGUGCCAAAGACAGGACGUCGAUGUCUGUAACCCUGGAGCAGUGUGCCCUGCUGAGAGACGAGCACCAGCUCAACAAGGAUUACUUCAUACGAGCCCUGGACUGCAUGCGGAGUCUUGAAGGAGAGUUGGACCGCAGAGUGAAGGAAAAGCAGCCAACAAAUACUCAGCAAAAGUGCAAACUCCUUCGACUGUUGGAAAAACAUUCCAGGUGAAGCUGGUUGAGAGAAUGCCAAGAGUGUGCAAAACUGUCAUCAAGGUAAAGGGUGGCUACUUUGAAGAAUCUCAAAUAUAAAAUAUAUUUUGAUUUGUUUAACACUUUUUUUGGUUACUACAUGAUUCCAUAUGUGUUAUUUCAUAGUUUUGAUGUCUUCACUAGCCAAAUACAAUUGACUGUAAAGAUAGUAUAGAAUAGUAAAAAUAAAGAAAAACCCUUGAAUGAGCAGGUCUGUCCAAACUUUUGACUGGUACUGUGUCUUAAGAGUCAAUUGUAUUUGACGAGUUAGCGGUUUUGUCAUAAAUUAUGAAGGAAAACAUUUGGUAUGUGGUAAAGACAAAGUGGUUGCUUGUACUAUACACAAAACACAUCCCACUUAUAGACAUCAUUCAUUUAUACAAGCUAUUCUUUCCCAGAUUUGAUGGGCAACUUGACAAGAGUUUCUGGGUGCUUGAGUAUCUAAGGAAUCUUUGUUUCAUCUGUGCACCAACUGUAGAAUUUCAGCACUUUGCCCUCGAAUGGAUUGAAUGAAAUUCAACCUCAAACAAAGAGUGAUUAUCAGAGCUUGAGAAUGGAUAUGCUUUCCCAUGUGUUCCAGUGUCAAGAUGGUUCAGAGUGACACUGGAAGAUAGCUGUAGGCUUGACCCGUCUAUGCAAAGUUGGACCGGUAACUAUCAAACUUCAGUAAAUACGUUUUAGUACUGAGCAGCUGUAAAUAUCAAAUCAAAUUUGAUUUGUCACAUGCGCCAAAUAUAACAGGUGUAGACUUUACCGUGAAAUGCUUACUUACAAGUCCUUAACCAGCAAUGCAGUUCAAGAAAUAGAGAUAAUUAAGUAUGAUGGAUCUUUCUUUCAACAUAGUUUUGUCAGAAUAGCCUGUUUACUGUGCACCACAUAACGUAAACGGUCAGUUGAAUGUGGCUAGUUAGUGAUAUUCCCAUGAGUAAAAAAGUGUGGAUCAAAUAUCUGGGGAAGUCAAAUGGCAGUCUUUUGCUUGCAGAAAUGCUAUCACACCCACUGUGUGCAAUUGCAUACACAGUGUGUUCACACGUCUAAGGGGGAUACCUAGUCAGUUGUCCAACUGAAUGUAUUCAACUGAAAUGUGUCUUUCGCAUUUGACCCAACCGCUCUGGAUCAGAGAGGUGCGGGGGGCUGUCUUAAUCGACAUCCAUGUCUUCAGCACCCGGGGAACAGGGGGUUAACUGCCUUGCUCAGGGGCAGAACGACAAAUGUAACAAGGGCAACAAAGAUACAGCUCAGAUGAUCACUAAAGAGUCUGAGAGAACUAAGUCAUUCUGCUAGAUAAAACUGGUGUAUGUUUGGAGAAAAAGGAGUGCUUUGAUAAUGUCGAGGAUCGUUAUGAGGCUUGUAGAACCGGUUAUGGUUAGACAGUGUUGUGGCUUUGGAGCGGUCCAAGAAUUAACCGGCUCUACAACAAGCCUAUGGCUAUAAAAUGUCAUCAUUAGAGACUGUACCUACUAAUAAUCGCAAACGUCAGAGUUACUUAACUCAGCAAAAAAAGAAACGGCCCUUUUUCAGGUCCCUGUCUUUCAAAGAUCAUUCGUAAAAGUCCAAAUAACUUCACAGAUCUUCAUUGUAAAGGGUUUAAACACUGUUUCCCAUGCUUUUUCAAUGACCCAUAAACAAUUCAUUAACAUGCACCUGUGGAACGGACGUUAAGACACUAACAGCUUACAGACGGUAGGCAAUUAAGGUCACAGUUAUGAAAACUUAGGACACUAAAGAGGCCUUUCUACUGACUCUGAAAAACACCAAAAGAAAGAUGCCCAGGGUCCCUGCUCAUCUGCGUGAAUGUGCCUUUGGCAUGCUGCAAGGAGGCAUGAGGACUGCAGAUGUGGCCAGGGCAAUAAAUUGCAAUGUCCGUACUGUGAGACGCCUAAGACAGUGCUACAGGGAGGCAGGACGGACAGCUGAUCAUCCUCGCAGUGACAGAACACGUGUAACAACACCUGCACAGGAUCGGUACAUCUGAACAUCACACCUGCGGAACCUGCGGUACAGGAUGGCAACAACUGCCCGAGUUGCACCAGGAACGCACAAUCCCUCCAUCAGUGCUCAGACUGUCCGCAAUAGGCUGAGAGAGGCUGGACUGAGGACUUGUAGGCCUGUUGUAAGGCAGGUCCUCACCAGACAUCACCGGCAUCCACAUUGCCUACGGGCACAAAGCCCCCGUCGCUGGACCAGACAGGACUGGCAAAAAGUGCUCUUCACUGACGAGUCGCGGUUUUGUCUCACCAGGGGUGAUGGUCGGAUUCGCUUUUAUCGUCAAAGGAAUGAGCGUUACUCCGAGGCCUGUACUCUGGAGCGGGGUCAAUUUGGAGGUGGAGGUUCCGUCAUGGUCUGGAGCCGUGUGUCACAGCAUCAUCGGACUGAGCUUGUUGUCAUUGCAGGCAAUCUCAACGCUGUACGUUACAGGGAAGACAUCCUCCUCCCUCAUGUGGUACCCUUCCUGCAGGCUCAUCCUGACGUGACCCUCCAGCAUGACAAUGCCUCCAGCCAUACCCUUUCUUCUGUGCUUGAUUUCCUGCAAGACAGGCCAUGGCCAGUCAAGAGCCCGGAUCUCAAUCCUAUUGAGCAUGUCUGGGACCUAUUGGAUCGGAGGGUGAGGGCUAGGGCCAUUCCCCCCAGAAAUGUCCGGGAACUUGCAGGUGCUUCUGCCCCUGAAGAAGGCAGUUAACCCACUGUUCCUAGGCUGUCAUUGUAAAUAAGAAUUUGUUCUUAAUUGACUUGCCUAGUUAAAUAAAUAUAAAAUGUUCAUGAAGCUUGACUAUCUCUCUGUCAAUACUGACACUGUUCCCUUAUUUUAUCCAACAUGUGUGUUGACAUAUUGACAUAGAAUGUACACUUGGGUUCAGACUAACUGCACAACGGUCUGGUUUCACUAUGGCUUGUUCUGGAUAUGUGGGGGUAAGGCUUAUCACAUUUCCUUAAGUUUUGGGUUGAGAUCUUUAAAUGUCCCUUUACUUUUGGCUACAUGAAAUCAACAGUUGCAACAGAACGCAUCCAAAGCUUUGUCCAAAUCAUUUUCAAGUAAAUAAUUGAAAGAGGAGAGAUCCACAUAAAUUAUCUUGCCUGCCUCUACUCGCUCCCUUCAUACUCUUACACUCUUCCAUUCAUCUUUCCAUUUACCCAUUCAUCUUUCCAUUUACCCAUUCAUCUUUCCAUUUACCCAUUCAUCUUUCCAUUUACCCAUUCAUCUUUCCAUUUACCCAUUCAUCUUUCCAUUUACCCAUUCAUCUUUCCAUUUACCCAUUCAUCCAUUCAUCUUUCCAUUUACCCAUUCAUCCAUUCAUCUUUCCAUUUACACAUUCAUCCAUUCAUCUUACCAUUUGCCCAUUCAUCUUUCCAUUUGCCCAUUCAUCUUUCCAUUUGCCCAUUCAUCUUUCCAUUUGCCCAUUCAUCUUUCCAUUUACCCUUUCAUCCAUUCAUGCGUCUGUGCUUGUUGGUUGUCUUUGGCCCAUGUCAGGGGUCUCUCCUUUACUAACCCACCGGUUCUUUCUGUCUAUUCUCUGUCUCACCUCCUCGCCCCUCGCCCCCUCGCC